AUGGAGAAAAUGUCCAUAUCUACUUUCUCCAGUUGCACUACUUUCCUGUUGCUCAUCAUUGUAAUUUGUUCCAUCUCAUUUCCUCAUGUCCAUGCAUCUUCUUCUUCUCCCUCAAAACCUACUUCAUCUGAUGCCCUAUGUGACAUGACUCCGUACUCGACUUUCUGUAAAUCUCAAUUCCCUCAAAACAAAUCUACCAACAUACAUGACCAUGGCAGGCUGUCUAUUCAGAAAUCCCUUUCAACAUCCACAGUCCUACUUUCAGCAAUCAACCGUCAUUUAAGUUCCAAAAGUUCUUUAUUGUCUCAAACCGCAGUUUUUGCUCUUCAAGAUUGCCAAGAUCUUGUUACUACAAAUGUGGAUUUGUUGUCAAAUAUUCUCCAAACUAUAAAAAAUAGUGAUGCCCUCCAGGGUUCUCAGUAUGAGGACUCCAAUACAUGGCUUAGCGCAACCAUAACCUGUCUACAAACUUGUUUGGACGGACUGAAAGCUGUACUAUCAGCCUCACCCGUUGCCAGUGAGCUUUCACCUUCACUCACCGAUGGGAGCAUGCUAAGUGGGGUGUCUCUUGCUCUUCUCAAGUAUGGCUGGAAACCAUCUACCGGUAAAUCCAGAUUUCUUGGAGAGUUAUUUCAUUUGUCUAUGGCAAAAUAUGCUAGAAAGAGCUUGUGGAAUGCUAAGUUUUAUGAGUCAACAAAUGGAAGAAAGCUCCUACAAAUUGGUGGUAUGAGUGUUAACAUAACCAAAACUGUUGUGGUGAACCCUGAUGGAAGUGGCAAUUACACUACCAUUAAUGAUGCCAUUUUGGCAGCUCCAAACAACACUAAAGCUGGCAAGGGGUACUACCUGAUUCGUGUAGUUGCUGGAGUUUACCAAGAGUACAUUUCUAUUGCCAGUAACAAAAUGUAUUUGAUGAUGGUUGGCGAUGGUAUAAACAAGACAAUUAUCACCGGUAAUCAUAGCGUGGAUGAUGGAUGGACAACCUUCGAUUCUCCAACAUUUGCUGUAACUGCUCAAGGAUUUGUUGCAAUAAACAUUACCUUCCGUAACACGGCCGGAGCAAUAAAACACCAAGCAGUGGCUCUUCGAAGUGGUGCCGAUCUUUCGACAUUUUAUAAGUGCAGUUUUGAAGGUUACCAAGAUACUCUCUACACUCAUUCCAUGAGGCAAUUUUACAGAGAAUGCGACAUUUAUGGUACCGUAGACUACAUAUUUGGAAAUGCAGCAGUGGUUCUCCAAAUGUGUAACAUAUACUCAAGGCUUCCUAUGCAAGGCCAGUUUAACACCAUUACUGCUCAAGGAAAAGUUGACAUAAACCAAAAUACUGGUACAUCUAUCCAGGAUUGCAACAUUUUGGCCGCGAGUGACUUAGCUUUGAGCAAUGCGACUGUGAACACAUAUCUUGGACGACCCUGGAAGAAUUAUUCCACAACGGUUGUUAUGGAAUCGGUCAUGGAUAAAUUGAUCAAUCCUGCUGGUUGGGCACCAUGGUCCGGGGAUUUUGCGCUGAGUACAUUGUAUUAUGCUGAGUACAAUAAUACAGGUCUGGGAUCAAACACUGCCAAGAGGGUUACAUGGCCUGGCUAUCAUGUCAUCACAAAAUCAUCUGAUGUUUCUAAUUUUACUGUGUCCAACUUCAUAUCUGGAGACUCCUGGUUGCCUGCCACUGGAGUUCCUUAUCUUGGUGGCUUUUUGCAUUCAUAA